GUAGGAAAGAUGCCCGCAUCACAAACUGGAUUUGGCCAUUUGUUCUUGGAGAGGAGCAUCAGCAUGCCGACUGGAUAUCAGAUCCCGGUGAUGGGAUGCCCACCGAGGGUGCAACAGCAGCAGCAUCUGACUGCGAUGGCAGCUGGGGUCCCCAUGGCAUACUCAGGACUACAGGGAUACAGCUUUAUCCCCUACCCACACCACAGACACAUCGCACACAUGAACGGACUUGACUUGAAAGCUGCCUCCCCCUACCAUCACGCGCUCCUGGCUCGCGGGGGGGCUUUCUACCCGCCCUACCGUUUGGGAGCAGCCCAGGAUCCCGGUAGGGCCGCAAAGGUGGCCACACGAGAGAGCACCGGGCCGCUCAAGGCAUGGCUCAACGAGCACCUGAAGAACCCCUAUCCGACCAAGGGCGAGAAAAUCAUGCUCGCCAUCAUCACCAAAAUGAGCCUCACGCAGGUCUCCACCUGGUUCGCCAACGCAAGGCGCCGCCUGAAGAAGGAGAACAAAGUCAGCUGGGCAUCUAAAGGGAAAUCGGAUGAAGAGGACGAGGAGCAGGAGGGAGGAGGUGACGAAGACGAGGGUCCCAUACGGAAAUGUCAUUUGGAUGAGCGGGAUGAGGCUGACCGCGCAGACACGGAACGCGUGCAGAGCGCGCUACAAAGCUCAGCGCCUGUGGAUGCGCGCCUGGAGCUGCCAAAGCAGCCGAGCCGCGAGCACGGAGACAGAGAGCAUGCACUUGUCAAGAAAGUUGAAAAGAGUGACUCUUAUCUCACGCCGUCCGCGUCGGAAAGUAAAGAAAGCACCUCCAGUCCAAAACCAAAGAUCUGGUCUUUGGCAGAAACCGCCACCUCAGAGACUGUGAAGACAUCUCUGGACAAUACUUAUCACCCCGCCGGGAGACUGUGGGCUGCCUGGGCUUCAGGAAACGGACAGCUGCUUCCCUCGUGUUAUACCAUGCACGAAAUAGUCUAAGCGGCUUUUAGACACGAACCAGAUACAUUUUCCACAUCUAGUGCACUUUAAAUGUUCAAACCUCAGGGUCCCAUCGUUAAUUCCUGAAUUUUGCAAUGAAAUGAAAUGUGCUUUGAGACCAAAGACUAAAUAUAAAUGUAGAGGU